AUGGCUAACAGCAGCCCACCGGACUACAAAGCGCUCUUUCUGAGGGCUGAGGAGGAACGCCAGCGGCAAGCAGAGCUUAGGAGACAAGCAGAAGAACGCCAACGGCAAGCAGAGCAGGAAAGGGACCAGGAAAGAGAGCAAACAAGACGAACCACCUUUGCAGAGCUAAUUCGAUACUGCCACAACUAUACUUCUCUAUGCCUGAGAGUCGAAAGUCCGUCCCGUUCUACGACGGGAACGGUUCCGGCACCUAAGGGGAAACGCUGUCCGCUGCAGCUUCUGCCUUGGACCGAGUGCACAGCUAUACAGCAAGAGAUCUAUCACUCUGUUUGCACCUAUUUGGCACCGCCUAAACAGCCUGCUGCACAAUUAUUCCCGUCACGUACUGUCCUAAAGGGGUUUGGGGAAGAGUUUAAGAAGAGAGCUAUAAGCAGUGAGCAGGAUCUACAAAGCUAUGAGAGAUUCGGGGUGGAGAACCAUGUUCGUGAUAUUAUCGCGGAACUCUGCAAAAUACAUGCUGCUCGAGAGGAAUUUCAGUUAGGUAAUGGAAUUCAGUUCGAUAACCACGCAAAUGCCCUUGAUGCGAUCGAUACGGGACAGUCUAAAACGGAUAAAUCAGCGAAUUCCCGACCGGAUCAAUAUUGCAUUCACCGUGUCGACGGUGAUCAAAGUACAAUUAUUAUGACUGUUGAAUACAAGCCGCCCCAUAAGCUAUCAGUUCAGAAUCUUCGAGCGGGUUUGCGACCAAUGCGGUUCUGGAAUGAGGUGGUCAGACCGGACUCUGUUCCCUCAGAGGGGCCUGAAAAGUUGAGAUAUAAUGCAACCUGGUUAACCGGCUCGGCUGUGGUUCAGGAAUAUCAUGUCAUGCUCCAGGAAGGGCUCGAGUACUCAUAUCUGACUAACGGAUUUGCAAUUGUUUUGCUACGGGUCCCUUAUGAUGAUCCGGGCACCUUAUACUACCAUCUCUGUGAACCCAACAUGGAAAUUAAUGCGGAUAAUAAACUGAGUUCUCUACAACAGCCGCUAACAGCUGUUGCUCGGGUACUGUGCUUAUGCCUUAUGAGUUUCCGCUCACAAUAUCGUGACCAGGAGUGGCGGAAUGCUACAAAGAAGCUGCCAGAAUGGAAGACAAGUUUCGAUCAUACACGCUCCCAGAUUCCGGGAUCAGAAUUGCAACAAAACCCGCCCGACUCAGAAUACACAGUGUCGGAGUAUACGAGCUCUGAACCUACUACAUCAGAAUACAUACCGUCUUCGUCUCCUGUUCCACCCCCUGCUGACGCCCGGCGAAUACCCACACGGUCUCGGGCUAGCUGCGCAUCGCCGAAUAUGAUAUUACGUGAUGAUUCUGAUUCUGAUGCAGAUCAAGCUCCAGGAAGAAGAAAGCGUGGUUUUAGUGAGAUUCAAUCAUCGCCUUCGUCUCCAUCUGCUCAACGAUCAACACGUCUGGCGGGGUAUCAAUAUACUCCAAGCGGCAGCCAAGGUCAGCAGCACACCGCACAGUUUUGCACUCAGAAAUGUCUACGUAGCUUGCAACAAGGUGGUCAGCUGGAUGAAAAUUGCCCGAAUAUUUUUCUUCAUCGACAAGGUGGAAGAAGCAGUAAACAUCUCAUUAAUGCUGCCAUGUUAAUCAGGCAACUUAAACAGCAGCUAGAUGAAAAUAUCGACCGAGACUGUACGCCAAUGGGAGGUUGUGGCAAAUCAGGAGCGCCAUUCAAGGUUACCUACACUGCAUAUGGAUAUACCAUGGUCGGUAAAGGAACAACUUCCCAACGGUGGGACGUGGUCAGACGUGAGGUGGACGUCUACCGUGUACUUAGCCAAGUACAGGGAUCUGCUGUUCCUGUUUUUCUGGGAGCAAUCAAUCUGGCCAAAUCUUACUACCUACAUGGAGCCGGCGAGAUCCGCCACAUGCUUAUCAUGGCCUGGGGAGGUGAGCCUAUAGGGCAUGAUCAGACGUAUGCGCUUGAGAUUGCGAGGUCUAAGAAGGAAAUCUAUUCCCUGGGGGUCUUGCACCAUGACCUUCGGCGAGACAAUAUCCUGUGGAAUGCCGAGCUCGGGCGGGCCCUAAUCAUCGACUUUCACUGGUCGGAACUCAAGCAUCAACCUAUGAGAAAGCGGGCGGACUUACGUAGGAAGCGACAAUGCAUAGUCGAGGCGCGCGAGCUAAAGCGAGUUCGUGCAGUAUAG